AUGUGCCAACCUCUACCUGUGUUAAUCCCUACCUGUGCCAACCUCUACCUGUGCCAACCUCUACCUAUGCCAUCCUCUACCUGUGCCAUCCUCUACCUGUGCCAACCUCUACCUGUGCCAUCCUCUACCUGUGCCAACCUCUACCUGUGCCAACCUCUACCUGUGCCAACCUCUACCUGUGCCAACCUCUACUUGUGCCAAUCCCUACCUGUGCCAAUCCUUACCUGUACCAACCUCUACCUGUGCCAACCUCUACCUGUGCCAACCUCUACCUGUGCCAACCUCUACCUGUGCCAACCUCUACCUGUGCCAACCUCUACUUGUGCCAAUCCCUGCCUGUGCCAACCUCUACCUGUGCCAACCUCUACCUGUGCCAAUCCCUACCUGUGCCAAUCCUUACCUGUGCCAAUCCUUACCUGUGCCAACCUCUACCUGUGCCAACCUCUACCUGUGCCAAUCCCUACCUGUGCCAACCUCUACCUGUGCCAACCUCUACCUGUGCCAAUCCCUACCUGUGCCAACCUCUACCUGUGCCAACCUCUACCUGUGCCAACCUCUACCUGUGCCAACCUCUACCUGUGCCAACCUCUACCUGUGCCAAUCCCUACCUGUCAAACCCCCUUUAUCAAACCACAAUCUGAUACACUUUGUGACGUAUACCAGCCCCUAGUCAGCCUGCUACCAUCAUCACAGCUGGCUGCCUGGGAAAAUGUUCUACUUGUUCGUGUCCCCUUCUUGUGUUAG